GAGCGCACCGGCAGAUUGGGACCAAGGCAUCUGGAUUCUCUGAUCGAAUGGACAGCUGGAAUCAGAGAAUGACACAGUAGGAGUAGCCUAGCGAUGGAGUCCGUGGGCCCAGUGUCUCUUCUUUUCCUACUCUCUGUGCAACUCCAGCCGAGCUUCUCCCACCCAAGCCUGACUUGCCGCAGUGAUGCUAUCAGGACACUCACCUGUAACUGGGACAGUACAGGAAUGCCUCCCAAAACAGACUGUAGCCUCCAUGGAGAAAUUAAUCAAAUAAAUUUAAAGAGCAGCUGUGAUCUAAAGCCCUUGAAGGACCAAGACCGCACUGUACGGAGUUGCCAGCUUGUUUUUGAGAAUCGGAAAUGGUUCCGGACUGUCUUUAAAGCAAAUAUUGCAGUGAAAUGCCAGAACUCCACCAACUCCACCAUUCUUGCUUUAAAAGAUUUCAAACCCACCGAGAACAUAAAAAUGAAUGCCCCUGGUAGACCCAUCAUCUCCAAAUCCAACAUCUCCUGGAGUUUUGACGUACCUGUCUCAACAUAUAAGUUUGACUAUUCUUUCCAGAUGCAGUACAAGAAAUCAGCCCAGCUAUGGCAGAAUGUGGUGCCCUGGGAUUUUAGCAAACAACAGAUGUCGGUGGAGUUAAAUGAGGAUGAGUUGGAGGAGGGACAGCAGUAUGAGGCCAGGGUUCGAGUCAAGCCUGAGGGGAGUAAAUUCAAAGGGGAGUGGAGCAGCUGGAGCCCUGUUGCAUCCUGGAGGUCAGAGGUCGGGAGGUCAUCUGAAAAACGCACCAUCCCUCCUGGUAUAGUGCAGGGCUCGGUGUUGGGGCUGAUCGUAGGACCGGUGGCUGCUGUUGCUGUGCUGCUGCUCCUCAUCACCUGCAAGUGGCACGGAACCAGCUGGGUUUAUAAGCUGCAAUUCCCACAUGUGCCCAACCCCUCCAAGUACUUUGAUGCUCUGAACACCGUUCAUGGAGGAAACUUCCAGAAAUGGCUGAGCCCCAUGUUUGACCCGGAAUCAUUUGAAGUCCCCCAGUGUUUUGACGACAUCUCCCCUGUGGAGGUGUCCAAAGCCAAGGACGUCACCGCCCUGCUCUACAAGGAGCACAGCAGAAGCCUUGCGGAGCACUGGGACAGCAGUGCAGGGUCUUCCUGCUUCUCCAACAUGGGCUACUUCUACUCCAAGUACCCAGGCUCUUACGAGAUAGACGCAUGUCCAGUAUAUUUCAGCUACCAAGCAGAAGAGGGGUGUGCAGAGGAAGAGGGGGGUGGGGAAGGGGUGAUACUCGAUGACGGCCCUCUCCAAACCAGCUCCUCCUACGAGUGUCUGGAGCAACUGGGAGAACUCCAUGGGGAGCCGCAACACCCAGAUCCAGGCUGCAGGGUAGGGAAUGAGGACCAGGAAAGCUGUGAGGAGGAGAAGGCUGAGGACGGUCCAAAGGAAAUGGGUGACUCUUCUCCUCCUGCAAUCGUUCUCCCUUUGAGCCUUCCUGGUCAGAUGCCCUUCUCUUCCUCUCUGUUUCCCCAUCACCUUCCCGGCUUCCCACAGCCCCCCCUCGCAUUCCAAGGGUUUGACUCUGGUAUGGCAGCUGGCAGCAGUGACACCUCAUGUACACUAGACGGAGCGCUUGGUGGAGCUUCCUUAGGGAAAAUUGAGCCGUCUAGUGAUGGGUACAUGUCAGUGACAGAAACACAGGUCUCCUAAGAACCAGCUAUGUAGCUAGCUGUCAGUCAUAAGCAUUGAUCAUUUUCCAGUAAAUUGCUGGCA